AUGUCUUCAAAGGAGACUCAGAAUUCUGCCUAUGAGGUGGGAUCUAACAGUCCUGCUGGCCUUCAUCAUGGCGAUGUCCCAGUGCCACCGCAGGACCAGCCCUAUGGGAAGCCAAAUCUUCCCGUGCGGCUGCGCGAAUACGCUCACAUACUCGAUCCCUGGACUAUCUUCAAAUGGGAACACCCUCAUUUCUACCGCAAACCUGGUUUCGGAUACCAAAAGCUAGCCUCUUAUCGACAUCGUGACGUGUUUGAUCGCAUUUGGAUUGGAGACUAUGAUGAUCGCUACAUUUCGUCUUGGGAUGGCAAGAUCUCCAAGCUUGUUGUGCAGGCUGUCGAUGACAUUUAUGACAAUAAUACGGGAUCUACAUAUCGUCGGACUUUCAUAAGGAAUAGUGCACCUAUAUUCCUGAGACUUGCUAAUUGGCCUUUCAACCACAUUAAUUAUGCAAAGCACAAUGGGCCCACAAGCGAAGAUUUCCCCAUGCUAUGCCUCAAAUGGUUCAUUGCAUCAUGUGCCAUCACCCUCGUUGUUAGUAGCUCUCUGACCCGAUAUCUAUCACAACUAAUCGCUGGGACCGUGCAGAUAUCCACUCCUAUUGCUGCUCAGCCGGAGGCGCGAAACAAUGGCGGCUAUGAUCCCGUGCCAUAUCAAUACUUUGGCUAUCCCAAGGUCGCCCGCAACAUCCUCGAGAUGGAUCGUCCUUUGGGCCGCGACUCGAUCCAGACAAACGCCAUUGCCGAACGUGUGCUACGGCCUCGCUAUCUCUGUUUCUUGCGCGAUAAGGGACAGCCUGCCAAGAUUACGAAAGUUGAAGAAUGGAUUACUGAAAACCCUGGGCGUAACCUCUCUUAUGUGUUCAUUGCAUAUACGGCUGAGCAGUUUGAAAGUACAGAAGAUCUCCUGGCCCUUCAUAGGAUCGCUGAUGCGGCCGCUCGUAAUGCUGGAGUCUUGGCCUAUUGGGUCGGCUGUUCGUGCAUGCCUGAGCGGGACGAGAUGCAAGAAGACGUUUAUCGCAUAUGCGAUGUGAUCCGAGGCGCACAUUCCCUUGCCAUAGCCAUUGGCCGACCAGCAAACGACGGCAAAGACAUCAAUGUAGCAGAUAUCUUGCUUCAACAAUGGGGUAAACGUGUAUGGACGUUCCCUGAGAUCCUCCUGUCACCCGCUGGCAAGGAGGUCAAAGUUUACAUGCGUGGUGGUGAUCUCACGCUCCCCAUUCGCGUGGCCAAAAAUCAGUUCGCUGCGCAAGUGUGGAAGGACGAUGCCCUUGUUGCGCGUCAGCUCAUCGACCAUUACGAAGGCAACAUGAUUCUCAGCCAACUAGAACUCGUCACUCUAGCCCUCGAAUGUCUCCACAAGCGAGAAACAGCCCAGUACCUCCCCGGUGAUCACAGUUACGCGCUCAUGGGCCUCCUACGCAUACGCCCCAAAAUCGACCCCACUGACUCGGCCUUUCAAGCUUUCGCCCGCCUCUCCCUGGCAAACGGCAGCGACCAGCUCCUCGAGCGCCUCAUCUGCGUUUUACCCAAGACACCCGACCAGCCCUGGCACUCGAUGGACGAUGCCUAUGACGCCAAGCUCUGGGAUAUUCUCCCGCAAGACGUGGGCAUAGCAGGCGUAGGCGAAGACGACACCAUCAUCCUCGACGGCUGUCGAGCCGCAAAUAUACGCUGGAAAUCCUUUACCCCUGUCGCUCACACCCGCCGCCUCUCCUGGCGUCGUCUCCUCGCGCAAAUUGCCCUACGCCUCACGACCAUCGUCUUCAUCGUCGCGCUCGUACUCCUCGGCAUCCCCUCUACAAAAAUCAUUGGCAUCGGCCUAAUCAUCUACACCCUCGCCCUCAUGGCACUGUCCCCCUGGCUCCUGCGCCUGCUGUACCUAGGCAAGUUCUGGGAGCAGCAGUGCUGGUUCUUUGGCUUCGAGGGCUAUAUGGACCUGGACACGAUUGAGACGCAGAUAUUUGGGGCCCGGCUGGGCCGCAUGAAGUGGACGGCGGCGGCGUCGCCGUUGAGUCGCCAUCGGAGGAAUGAGCAGGGGGAGUGUGUGGGGUUCGAUCCGACAGAGGAUGAGGCGGUGCGGGAGUUGGUGGAGAGGGCAAAGGGGGCUGGACCUGGUGAUAUGAGGGUGUUUACUUUGGUGGAUACUGGCAACAUGACAGCCACUAUCUUCCAAGCCGCCCGCCCCCCCACCGCCUUCCUCAUGACCGCCUCAGAAGGCGGCAUGAAGCGCCUCCUCGGCUGCUCCUACGCCUGGGAGACCUCGACCUUUUACCGCGAGACUGUGCUGCGUAUCGGGACAGAGUUCGAGGACAAGAUGGCGCGCAUUGGGCGCGUCAAGUUGGGGUUUCGUAGGGGGAAGAUGCAGGUUGGUCAGUUGGGGGAGGUGGGGGAGGCGGUGGGGGGGUUUGCUGUGGAGGGGUAG